GACAGGUGUGCAUGGUGAACCGUGAGUGACAGGAAACAGCUGUGACAUGGAUGAAACCAGAAGUCCUCUCAAAAUAAGGCAGGAAACAAAACCAAAACCUGACAACAGGGAUGAAAACAGGAAGUCCUUUAGACUAAAACAGGAAACAAAACCAAAACCUGACGGGAAAUCCAGUGAUAGUGAGUGAGGGAAUUACAGCUAUUACUGAUAAGAACAAAGCAGACAUGUUGGUCAGCAGUUUUGGUAAAGUGCAUUCAUCUGAGAACCUGUCAGUAAAUGAACGAAGAGGGAGAGAGCAGGCGAAGGAGGAAAACAAAGAUGCACUGGGAAGGAAAGAGGACGUUGAUGAUGAAGUAAAUGUGUCAUUUACAAUGGGAGAGUUGGUGAGAGCAAUAGAGAGAAUAAUACUGCUCCAGGGAAAGAUUACAUCUGUUAUAUAAUGCUUAAGCAUCUUGGCAAAGUUGGGUUAUGUAAGCUGUUGUCUAUGUUUAAUAGAAUAUGGGAAAUGGGUAAGGUGCCAAAAGGAUGAAAGAAAUUAGGAAAACCAGGGAAGGAUCCGAGUAAUCUGGGCAGCUAUAGGCCUAUAAACUUAACAUCUAACGUUUGUAAAAUUAUGGAAAGAAUCCAUAAAGAGUAGAUGAGAGACUGACGUACUUUAAGAGAAACAAAAUCUGAUAAAUAAAAGUCAAAGUGGUUUUAGGAGGGGAAGAGGAACUAUGGAUCUAGGGCUGUGUUUGGCGCAUGAGAUAAGAAGGGCUUGCGUUAACAAGAAGCUGGUAGGUGCUGUUUAUUGAUGUGGAAAAGGCUUAUGAUAUGAUGUUGAAGGAUAGUCUGAUGAAUAAGUUACAUGGGCUGGGUGUGAGUGGAAGGUUAUUUAAUUGGAUAAAUUAUUUUUUUGGAUAGCAGAUGUAUUCAGAUGACGGUGGGUCGGGAGCUGUCGGUAGAAAUCGAGGUGGAGAAUGGCACUCCUCAAGGUAGUGUAAGUAGUCCUACCUUGUUCCUGGUCAUGAUCAACAACAUUUUUAAUAAUGUGCCUUAGAGUUUAGGAAGAACAUUAUUCGCUGAUGAUGGAGCAUUAUGGAAGAGGGGAAGAAAUAAAAAACACCUAGGUAGUAAAAUUUAGGAUGGGAUAACCAAAGUACAGUAGAGGAAUAGGGGAUGAAAUGAAGCUUUCACUUCUCAAUAGAGAAAAGUAAGGUGAUGCUCUUUACUGAAAGGAGGAAAAAAGAGCAGUGUGAAAUAAAGUUUUAUGGGGUUUUGUUAGAACAGGUUGAUUCAUUUAGUUUUUUGGGGAUGACAUUGGAUUUCAGAUUAACAUGGAAGGAGCACAUUGAUGAUGUAUUGAAGAGGUGUAAGAAAGUACUGAAUGUUAUGAGGUGUUUGGCAGGACUGGAGUGGGGAGCUGAUGCUUUUUCACUAAAAAGCAUUUAUAGAACCUUGAUACGGUGUCGUUUAGACUACGGGAGUAUAGCAUACUGCAUACAGCAGUAAAAACAAGGCUUGAUAUUAUUCAAUCCAAAGCCACUAGACUGUGCAUUGGAGUGACUAAAACCUCCCCAGUGUGUGCCAUGCGGGUGGAAAUGAUGGAGAUGCCUCUAUGGUUGCAUAGAAAGCAGAUUUUAGUUAGCUACUGGUUAGGUUUGGAAGGGUUUAUGGGUGAACACCCUACAAAAGAGAUUUUGGAGUAGUGCUGGGAAAGCCAGGGCAUAGAGUUUUAGUCAGGGGGGGAGGAGAGUCAGCUAGAGAAAUGGGUGUAUUGGUGUGGGAGUUUAGUCUGACGGUAUUUUGGCCAAAGAUGUCAAUAUGGAGGAUGGAGAGUCCAGUUGUGGAUCUGGAGAUGUUGAGUAUUAAAAAAGGAAAGGAGUGUGGGGAUUAAAAUAUGGAGUUUUAUUUGUAUGCAGGAAGGCAAUACCCAGGGUUCGUUCAUGUGUAUACAGAUGGAUCUAAGGAUCCUAGAACUGAUAGAACCUGUGCUGCAGUUACAGUGCAGAGUCAUAGCACAGACAUGGUUAAAAGAACAUCAAAUGACCUGAGCAUGUAUUCAGUGGAUAUGUAUGCAUUGUUAGUUGCGUUGGAGUUCUGCACAGCAUUAGGGCUGGAACAUCUAAAUAUAGACAGGAAUUACUGGUGAAUAUUCUGUCAUUAUAAUCAGGAGUAGUAGUAGAACAGAAUGUGGUAGUUCAGUUUGUGUGCAUACCUGCUCAUUAAGGAAUUUUUGGUAAUGAAAAAGCUCAUAAAUUAGCAACGGAGGGUCUAAAGCGUGUUCAAACUGACCUCACUGUUGCGUUGUCAAAGUCUGAGGGGAAGAGUGUGGUGUGAAGGAAGGUAAAUGAAAAAAGGCAGCAGUACUGGGAUUAGGAGACAACUGAAUAGGUUGCAGAAGAAAGUGGGAGAGGACAGAGGGUGGAGCAGGAAAAGAAGAGAAGAAGUGGCUUUUACCAGUCUACGAAUGGGACACAAUAACUUAAACAGUACGCUACAUAUACUGGGGAAACAUGAUGAUGAGCUGUGCAGGCAGUGUCAAGUGGUGGUAACUGUAGAACGUGUGAUGAUGAGAUGUAGAAGAUACAGCUGUGAAAGGGAAGUUAUGAUGGAGAAUUUCAGCAGGAGAAGAAUAGAAGUAAAGCUGAGUGACAUGCUGACCAGCAGGGGCGCUGAUAGGCAGCCUGUAUUUAUGUUCAUGAGAGCAUCGGGUCUGGUUAAGAGGAUUUAAGAUUUUUCCUGUAGAGGGCAGCAAUGCAACCACUUUGGAUGCCGGCUGCCGUAAACCCCAAAGAAUACGAAGAAGAAGAAGAAGAACUUUGAAGAAUCAGCGCUCAUUUCCAUUAACUAAUUAAUUCAUUCAGUAUAUUUUGGUGAAAAUAUACAUAUAUAGUAAAGGGAUGGUGGCUCAUAACAAGACGAGUUUUCUGCGGGGGUUCUUUUCGGUUAUUCCUUUUGAGAGCUGGAUGCAUGAUGGCGUCGUGUAACUCGUGUAUUUCCUACGGUCCUUGAAUGUAUUUCUCCAUCAUGGCGGCCUCUGCGUCCUCUGUGCCCGUACUCGGCCAAUGCGGGUUUUAUGUGGAAAAGAAGAAACGUUUCUGUAAAAUGGUCGUCAGGAGCGGGAAAAGGUUCUGCGGAGAGCAUGCCAUUAUGGAGGAGGGUGGCAGCAGCAGGAGGAUAGUUUGUCCUCUGGACCCCAAGCAUACCGUGAGUGAAGACAAACUGGACAAACACCUGAAAAAAUGCAACAACAGAAGCAGAGCCAAACCUGUUUAUUAUGUGGAGAACAUUAAUGCUGGAGUAGCUGAUGGACAGAAGAUGCUGCAACAGGUGAGUCUGUGUGAUUUCAGCAGGAUGCAGUUGGAGAGUCUGGUGAACAAACUAAAGUCUGCAUUCACAGGGCUGCAGUGUGAUGUGGAGGACAGAGUUCUGUCUCACCCCGUCCUUCACGAAGAACUCCACAACCCAAAGAACGGAGUCUCGGCCUACAAACACCUCAAACAACAGUCCUCUAUCUUAGGUCACCUGGAGGCGAUGGGGCUGCUGGGGAAUGGACGGUGCUUUGUGGAGUUUGGAGCAGGUCGAGGGAAGUUGUCUCAUUGGAUCCAUGAGGCUCUGAAGACCCAGGACUACCCACAGACUGGUAGAGAUCUGCAGCUGGUUCUGGUGGAGCGCUGUAGUACCCGCUUCAAGGUGGAUGGGAAACAUCAGGAUGUUGGGGUUCAUUUUGAGAGACUGCAGGUUGACAUUCAGCAUCUGGAUUUAAGUAAAGUCACAUUCAUCAGACAGAAGAAUCUGCCAUUAGUUGGAGUUGGAAAACAUCUGUGUGGAGCAGCGACAGAUCUGGCUCUGCGCUGUUUGUUGGAAACAGCAGAACGCAGAGGAGGUACCAAACCACCACAAAAAAACCUCAGAACAUCUGAACUAGCUGCUGAGCCGGACUCUGGACCAGCCCCUGAUGGUGUAGACGUGGUUGCUGGCUCUGACUCUGGCCUUGGACCGGUACUUGGCCUGGCAGUGGCCCUUUGCUGUCACCAUCGAUGUGACUGGCUUCACUAUGUCGGUCAACAGUUUUUCCUGCAGCGAGGACUUGGUCCUGAAGAGUUCUCAGCUUUCUGUCGAAUGUCUAGCUGGGCUACAUGUGGUCGCAGACAGACCAAUCAGAAUCGGAUCAGUCUGAGGGGAGAGGAUGAGGAACAUGAACCAGCAGAUGAAAAUGACACAGUGGCUGGGUUUCUGUCAGCUCCGGAGCGCGAGCACUUUGGCCGUCUUUGCAAACUCCUGAUUGACUGCGGCAGAAUUCACUUCCUGCAGAACAGAGGGUUUGACAGCAAACUGAUGCAUUAUGUCGACUCCCAGGUCACACUGGAGAACAUGUUGCUGACGGCACAGCCACGGACUCAGUCCUCACACCAAGGAUGAAGCAAUAUGGUUGAAAUGUUUUUAAUAAAGUUUGAAUCUUUAAUAUAACAAAACUCAGUUUCAGAUACAACAGUUACGUCUAGAGAACUUUGACCAUGCUAACAAUUGUGGUGAAUUCUUAAAAAAACAAACUAUCCAUUUAAUAAUAAAUAAAGGGAACAUCAAUAAUAAUAAUAAAACUUUAUUGAUCCCACGUUGGGGAAAACGUGGAUACCAAAACCUUCAGGCAAUAUUGUGUUUCAGUCACUCACUCAUUUAAAUACUAAUAAAUCCUAAACUAUGCAGUAAAAGUACACAGCACUUCUAGUAGAACAAGGGAAAGUGAUCUGGGUCUGGCAUUAUGCACCAGAGUCAAGUUAUUCACUGUCAAAGUUGACUAUUACAGUAUAACAUGAUACUUUCAAAAUGACUAAAUCCCAAAAUAUACAGUAAAAGUGCACAGGUGUGGCUAAUAAACACUAAAAUAUAAGUA